UUUAUAUUUUUGCCAGAAAAUGUAUUUAAAAAAGAAUCUUUAUAGCUGAGCUGGCAAAUGACAUGAUGAAGUAAAUUUUAGGGACUUGAAGAAGCCACAUGGCCCAAUUAAAAUCAUCUUAAUCUAAACGCAGCGUUUCGAUUUCUAUUCCCUAUGCAAACUGAUCAUUUAGCGGGAUGAAAUUUUGUUUAUAUACUCUAGAAGACUCCAAGGGUCAUUUUCAUCUCAAACACAAAACCAAAAAAUCGAGCUCCAUUGAUGUUUGGGUGGGAAUUCGGAGAGUCAUCAGCGCAAAAGAAAGCUAAAAUUGAGUCUUUAACAUCUGUUGAAGUUAUGGAUGCUUUAGACGACGCUCACCCACUGAUGGGAACCCAGGAUAUCCUGGUGAUGCAUGUGUUCCCCAAACUCAAUUGGGAGGACCAGCCAAGUGUCGAGAUGAUUUGCUGGAAGUGGCAUCUGUGGUGGAUUCUUAGGCACAUUGCUCCCUACCUGCCAUACCGUGUGCACAAUAGGAAUGAACUCAGGGUCUGGGCUCUUUAUGACAUUCUCUAUAAUUUUGGGAGGGACUUCUUUGCGUGGAUUGAGAAGGACAUGACUGUGUACUUCGACGGCUUUCCACUUCUAUUCAAGGAAGAUUAGGGGGUGGGUUGUAUAUGUGGUGGUAGGUGGUAGUAGGUUUUUAGGUUGGUUAUGGGUGGUCUAGGUUUACUUUUGCCAUUGUCAUAGCUUAGAAUGUAUGUAGGUUGGGUGAAUGUGACAUUCAAGAUGUUUUUUUUUUUUUUUUUUUUUUUGUGGGUAUGCCAUUGCUAUGACAAUGUAAUCUAACUUAGUUUGAUUAGGCUUCAUUUAAUAAUGUAGGUUGAUGGAAAUGUAUGUAAUUCAAUGAAGCCUAAUGUAGGAUGAUGAUCUUUUGUAAUGAACAAGUUUAUGGAUUAUAUGAAUGAAUAUGAAUGUUAUUAUUCUGUUUAUAUUGGUCUUCCUUAAUCUAUUUUGAAUUUAGUUAUUAAUACAUGUUUGGUAUAUGAUGAUGAUGAUGUUCAUGUAUGUUAUUAGUUCAUUCAAUCUUUGGUGAGUUAGUUGAUUUUGGCCUUGUUAUCAAAGUUAAACACUGUCCAUCCUUUAUGAUUGCCAGAUUAUGGAACUAAAACCUUGUUUGGUUGACACCAUGGUGCUGAAUGGCAAAUUAGUUGUGAUUCAUUUUACCUAGGGGGAAAAAUAAAUGUGUUUGAGGACAUUCCUGAAACUGUGGAUGCUAUGUAUGUGAAGAAUUUAAUAAUGGUUUAGGGUACAAUGACAUUGUUAAUAAGGUCCAUUUCUUGGAUCCUAGGAAGGAUUUUAACUCUGGGAUUAGGUACCUUGGUUUUGAGAAAAAUAUAUGUGAUUCAUUCUUGACUUUACUUCUAUAGUACAAGCUCUUUCAUAUAUAUACAGAGCAUGAGGAACCUAGCAGGUUUUUAUUUCAGAAUAUAAGGAAAGGGGUUCUUUUAUGAUUUUAGUGACAAGAGAGAAUGUGGAAGAAUAUGAGCCUGUUGAGACAGUAAAUGAAGGAGUAAAAGUGGAUGCACAUGACCAUAUUCCUAGGCAUGACAAAGCUGAUAUAGACUAUGACACUGAAGGGACUGAUGUAAUGAUGAAGAGGUUGUGCAAGCAAGGUGUGAAUUAGCCAAAGACAAGGAGAAUGUGAUUUCUUAUGAGGAUGAGUUACAGAUGUUAAGGAGGGUAGCUGCAGAUAAGGGGUUGGGUGAAAUAAGGAGUGACUUUGAGGGGUUUGACGAGCUAGAUAGACCUAUUGAAGAUGAUGAUGACAAUGACUUUGGUUAUUUAGUUGCUCCACCAAGCAAUAAGUAUGAUAAGGGACAUAGGAGGACCAUUAAUAGUGAGAAAACGCUCUUAUUUAAUCCUGGUUAGAACUUUGAGAACCAAUCCAUUUUCAAACAAGAUGUUAGGAAUCUGUCGAUUGAACAAGGUAGAAACUUUUCAUUUUUUAAGAAUGAUAAGAUGAGGAUAGGAGCAGUUUGUGAACAUAAGGACAAAGGGUAUCCAUGGAGAAUAUGGGCUUCAUGGGAUAAUAAUAAAACAAAAUUCUUUGUGAAAUCACAUGUUAGUGAGCAUACCUAUGGCAGAUCAUGCAAGGUAAAAAAAAUGUCAGCCACUUGGAUCGCAAAUCAAUACAACACUCAGUUCAAAGUCAACCCUUAUAUGAGGCUACAUGAUCUUAUGGAGACAAUUUGGUUAGCCUAGGGCAUUAGGAUCAGUAGGUACUUGGCUCAUAGGGCUAGGAGAAGAGGGCAAUCUCUUAUUGUGGGUGAGUACAAGGAGCAGUAUGCAUUGCUUCCUAGGUAUGCAGCAGAGAUAUUAAGAAGCAACAGGGGAAAUGCAGUCAAGAUCAAGUUAAAUGGGAGUGUUUUUGAUAGGAUAUACAUUUGUUUUGAGGCUUUGAGGAAAGGUUUUUUAGGUGGAUGCAGGCCUUUUAUAUCAUUGGAUGAGUGCUUUUUGAAGGGUCCUUAUGGGGGCCAUUAUUGGUUGCAGUUGGUAGGGAUGGGAACAACCAAAUGUUCCCCUUAGCAUUGGCUGUAGUAGGUGUUGAGAGCACUGAUAGUCGGAGUUGGUUCCUAUACCUACUUGUUGCUGACUUGGGAACAGAUGAAGGAGCAGGGUAUACAUUCAUGUCAGAUCAGCAAAAGGGGUUGGUUGUUCCAAUUGCAGAGGUGUUUCCACAGGCUGAGAGCAAAGCAUGUGCAAGACAUGUCUACUGUAACUUUAGGGGGGUGUUUGGGGGUAGCUUAGAGUUUAGAAAGCAACUUUGGAUAAUUGCCAAGUCAACAACUGAAAAUGAUUUUCUAGAAAAUUACAAGUCAUGAGGGAGCUAUCUAAUGAUGCUGCAGAGAAUUUGUUGAAGAGAAAUUAUAAAAUAUAGUGCAGGGCUUUCUACACACCUAUGUCAUGUUGUGACAGUGUAGACAAUAACAUGAGUGAAGUUUUUAAUGCAUACAUACUUAAAUAGAGACAUAAGCUUAUUAUCAGCAUGUUAAAAGACAUCAGGGAGAGCCUAAUGGACAAAUUGCACAAGAAAAAGGACAUGAUCAAAGAGAGGGAUCUCACUUUAUGUCCUAGAAUCCAGCAGCAACUAGAGAAGCAUAAAAUAUGGGCCAAGGGUUGGAAUGCAUUUUGGGAUGGUGGACUUUGCUAUGGAGUGAGGGAUGGGGCAACUCAAACAAAAUAUGUUGUCAAUUUGGUGGACAGAACAUGUUCCUAUAAUGCAUGGCAAGUUAGUGGAAUACCAUGCAAACAUACUGUGGUGGCCAUCUGGAAUAAUUGGACUAACCAAAGAUAUGUGAAUGAUUAUUUCAGAAAACACACAUAUGCAAAGGCUUAUGAUCACCUACUUGAGCCACUAAAUGGUCCACAAGAAUGGCCUACUGCUGAGUACAGUGUUAUUGCUCCUGAGUUGAAAAAGGUGCAUAACAAACCUAAAACAAAGAGAAGGCCUUCAGCUGGUGAGGUUACUGACAAUGGGAAGCUAAGGAAGAUAGGAUUCAAAAUAACAUGUAGCUUGUGUUGGGUUCCUGGCCACAACAAAACAACAUGUAAGAAUGCACUAAGGGAAAGCCCCAGUGGUCCUAACACCACUACUGCAACCCCAAAUGACCCUACUCCUGCAGUCCCAAUGCACAACAGAGGUGUGGGUGUAUACACCUACCCUAAUGGUUAUCAAAGAUAAGCAACUG